GCAGGGGUUGAAGGAACUGGUCUGGCCUUUAUCGUGUUCACAGAGGCCAUCACUAAGAUGCCUGUAUCUCCUGUUUGGUCAGUCUUGUUCUUCAUCAUGCUCUUCUGUCUCGGCCUGUCCUCCAUGUUUGGCAAUAUUGAAGGAGUUCUGGUACCACUUCAGGACCUGGGGGUUUUCCCCAAGAGUUGGCCCAAAGAAGCCAUCGCUGGGAUAACAUGUGUCCUCUGCUGCCUUGUUGGAUUAAUAUUUGUUCAAGGCUCAGGGAACUACUGGCUGUCCCUCUUUGACAGCUAUGGCGGGUCCAUUCCUCUGCUGAUCAUUGCAUUCUGUGAGAUGGUCGGAGUUGUGUACCUCUAUGGUAUUGAUAGGUUCAACGAUGAUAUUGAGUUCAUGAUCGGCCACAAGCCCAACCUCUUCUGGCAGAUCACAUGGAGAUUUGUCAGCCCCGCCAUCAUGUUUGUCAUCUUUGUGUUCUACUUUAUCACUAAAGUCCAAGAAACACCCAUGUACAAAGCCUGGAAUCCUGAAUCGGAAAACUUCCCUACAUUGGAGGAGAAGGAAUAUCCAACCUGGAUCUUUGCUAUAAUCUUCAUCCUGGCAGGAAUCCCCGGUCUUUCUGUACCUCUUACGGCUAUUUACAAAUGUUUGAGGAACCGCUGCUGCAAGAAGGAUAAUGAGUUUAAACAAGACGACUUAAACACUAUUGCCAAGCAAGUUCACCUGAUGGAUGAGGCUACCAAGAACAAACCAGACAUCCCAGAGACAGCAGAUGGAAGAUAGUGAUCAAAUCACUAGCCCAUUGUUGUUUUCAUGACAGGCCUCCAUUUAUUUCCUUCAUGCCACUGAUAGCUGAAAGGAAUAGAUACGUUUGAUAGUUUUACAAGGUUGUAUGGAUGAGGUAUGACAGAAAAGCCAUUAAAGCUUACAUUGAUUGACACAUUGUCAUUUUUGUGCUGAAAAGUCAACAUUAAACUAAAUUAUAUCCUUUGUUCUUGUUAUGUUCUUGUUAUAGCAUAGUCCUUGGGGAUUACCAUUCAGUGUGUAGUUCUGGUCUUGCUAUAGCAUAGUCCUUUGGGAUUACCAUUCAGUGUGUAGUUCUGGUCUUGCUAUAGCAUAGUCCUUUGGGAUUACCAUUCAGUGUGUAGUUCUGGUCUUGCUAUAGCAUAGUCCUUGGGGAUUACCAUUCAGUGUGUAGUUCUGGUCUUGUUAUAGUAUAGUCCUCGGGGAUUACCAUUCAGUGUGUAGUUCUGGUCUUGUUAUAGCAUAGUCCUUGGGGAUUACCAUUCAGUGUGUAGUUCUGGUCUUGCUAUAGCAUAGUCCUUUGGGAUUACCAUUCAGUGUGUAGUUCUGGUCUUGCUAUAGCAUAGUCCUUUGGGAUUACCAUUCAGUGUGUAGUUCUGGUCUUGCUAUGGUAUAGUCCUUGGGGAUUACCAUUCAGUGUGUAGUUCUGGUCUUGCUAUAGCAUAGUCCUCGGGGAUUACCAUUCAGUGUGUAGUUCUGGUCUUGUUAUAGUAUAGUCCUCGGGGAUUACCAUUCAGUGUGUAGUUCUGGUCUUGCUAUAGCAUAGUCCUUGGGGAUUACCAUUCAGUGUGUAGUUCUGGUCUUGUUAUAGUAUAGUCCUCGGGGAUUACCAUUCAGUGUGUAGUUCUAGUCUUGCUAUGGUAUAUUCCUUGGGGAUUACCAUUCAGUGUGUAGUUCUGGUCUUGCUAUGGUAUAUUCCUUGGGGAUUACCAUUCAGUGUGUAGUUCUGGUCUUGUUAUAGUAUAGUCCUUGGGGAUUACCAUUCAGUGUGUAGUUCUGGUCUUGCUAUAGCAUAGUCCUUGGGGAUUACCAUUCAGUGUGUAGUUCUGGUCUUGCUAUAGCAUAGUCCUUGGAGACUACCAUUUAAUGUGUAGUGCUGGUCUUGCGACUUUGGGCUAACAAAUAUUCCAGAUAAUUGACUGAUUAAUUACUGGAAUAACGAAUUGAUCAGAUGUAUUUGAUUCAUCUGGUUAUACUGUUCAGAUGAAUCUGAAAGGGGCACCAUUAUGGGUUGCCUAUAGAGAGACUUUUGAAUGAACUCUAUCAGUAGUUAUCAUUAAUCGUUAGUGUUAAUCAUAUCAACAAUAUAAUCAUUUCUACCAUGUUCUCAUUCUGAACAGUUGUCGAGUGUCUGGAACCUCAAGAACCCAGUAGCUCGUAAAGUAAAACAAUGCCACAAAUAAUUCAUUUAAGGUUUUAUUUACUAGACUAAAUCAGUUGGAAAAUGAGGUAGUUAAAGAUACAAUAUAAAAGCAGGGUAUAAGGAGAUACAACACAGUUAUUGAGGUGAGAAUCUCCACAGGUCGAUAUGAAUGAACUUCCAUACUCAAGUCAGGCAGUACAACAGAAUAUUCACAGGAUUUUUGAGAAUGACUUGAUCUUAGUAAUUGAAAGAGACAAUGUGAAAGGGGUUCACCAACACAUUCUUUCACAACCGUGACCUUAUAGAGAGCUUCACCAACCAGGAAUAGACAAUGAACUAGGCAAUCAGUUAGCAUCCGAAUGUGGACAAUGCCGGGACGGUAUUGAUCAUGGGCUCGUAAAGUCGACCAGCCGUCUUAUAAUUACUCAAUACCUUCCAAUAUGUCACACACAACGCCAGUUUCAGAGGAAUUUAAGAAUGCAAUUGUCAGAAUUUGGCCAGGAUUGUUCAGGUUUUGGUCACUAGAUGCCCCCAUUGUGCUUUUUUGACCCUUUUGUUUUUCCCUUGUUCUAGUUAUUAGUUGCACCUGUGCCUCAUUUCCCUUGAAUGUAUUUAAACCCUUAGUGUUCCUCAGUUCUUUGCUCUGUGUUUGUAUGUUAGCACCCAGCCAUGCUAUGAACUUUUGUUUCUCUAGAUUUUUUUCUUGUUUAUUUUUUUCUUAUUCUUUUGAGGUUUGUUUUGUUCCCUGCUGUUCUUACCACUUUGUGGAUUUUCCUUGUGUCUUGGAGGAUAUACAUUUUUUUUCUCUUGGAAUUACUUUUGACGUUGUGGAUUUAUAUUUUUGCCUGACAAUCUUUUCCUUCUUUCUUUAUUAAACCGUCUCUAAUA